AUGGAACCAUAUUGGAACGGGUACAAGUCUUCUGAGUGCACGAUCGAGAAGGUUAGGGAAUUGGAUGCUGUCGUGGGUGUAGAGAGGCAUCUACGGGUUACUUGUCACAAUCUGGACGGCAAGCUUAAACGAAGAGCGGUGAUACAGCUACAUUAUGACGACUGGCUUGAUCACACCACUCCCGACCCGAAGAAGUUCAAGGCGCUCGUACGAGACGUGGCGCCCUUCUGCUGUGCUGAGAAACCCCGAGUAAUCGUGCACUGCAGUGCCGGCGUCGGAAGAACUGGCACCCUCAUUUCUGCACUCCGGUGCCACCUGAUCCGGAAAGCUGAACUCGCAAACAAGUGGACGCCGACCAAUCGGGCGCCGACCAAUCGGGCGUCGACCAAUCCCCCGUCCCGGUCUAACGAUAUUUCUACCAGCAGGGAGGAGGAGGAGCCGCUCUAUCGCCCAAUCGGCAGAUGGGUCGACGCAGCCGCGGCCGUUAUGACAGCAGCUGAGGCCACCACGGUGCAGACACCCUCCUUGAUGCAGCUGGUGUUUGAGAGCGUAGCCAUCGCCAAAGAGCAGCGUUUCCUCUCCGUCGAGAGCAAAGAACAGUUUGAAUUUUUGACCACCCUCAGUUUUCCCUAA